AUGGCAGUGCUCUGUUCCGGGGCUAGCCUUAUGUUCUGGCUUCUAAACAGUGAAGUUUUAGGGCAGGAAAAGAGAACGAAAGCAAUCAUUUACGGUCAAAUUAUAAUAGGUGCUACUAUUAUCCUUGGCUCAAUUGCAUCCAUUCCUCUUGCAGUCCAAAUUCCACUCUCUGAAAACGAAAUUGGCGUUCUACUGCUUUUGCUUGUUAUGAACGAGGUAAUUGCGACCGCCAAGAAGAAGAACUACACUGACGCUCAUUUAGUACCUAUCUGUAUCAACUUUGCAAUCACGAUCAACUCAUAUAAUUGUCGUCUUGUUCUUCAUCAGCACAAUGACCAUCUUGUCUUUGACUUUGUAUCUGCCGCAGGAUCGCAAUAA